AUGGGCGACAGCCAGCCUCAUUCGACAAAACGCUCGGCGCUUAUCCUGUAUGGCUCUGAGACAGGCAAUGCCCAGGAAGUGGCCGAGGAAUUGGGCGCCCUCGCCGAACGUCUCCGAUUUGCGACACACGUAUCCGAGUUGAAUCAGGCCAAGCCGGAACAUCUGCCUUCGCACACUCUCACAAUCUUCGUGGUUUCAACGACCGGCCAGGGAGAUCUCCCCGCGAAUGCGAGGACGUUUUGGAAAUCGCUUCUGGUGAAGAAACUCCCGCCGACAUAUUUGAGUGGGGUCAACUUUGCGUCGUUUGGCUUGGGGGAUAGCUCAUAUCCCAAGUUCAAUUGGGCAAUCCGGAAGCUCUACAAGCGAUUACUGCAGCUGGGCGCGAAUGAUAUUUACCCCACGGGCGAAGCAGACCAACAACAUCCUGAAGAACUCGAGGGCACAUUCAUACCGUGGAUGACCAAUUUUCGGAAGCAUCUGCUUGACAGACAUCCUCUACCUCCCGGACAACAUGUCAUUCCCGAUGAUGUGCAACUACCACCCAAAUGGAUAUUGCAAUUGAGGGAAGAUGGCGAGUCAACGAAAGUGCCUACACCCGCUGCUCCAACAGAAUUACAUCUGGAGCACGACAUUCGACCUCUCCCAAAUACCUUGCAUGCAACCCUGGUUGAGAAUCGGCGUGUGACUCCACCGAAACAUUGGCAGGAUGUGCGAUAUGUGUCCCUGACCGUCCCCGACUCGGUCUCCUAUGUCCCGGGGGACAUGAUCGCCAUCACACCCAAGAGUUCGGCAGCCGAUGCCCAGCUUCUGAUCGACCUGAUGGGAUGGGGCGAACAGGCAGAUCGCCCAAUUUCUUUAGUUCCCACAGGCGAUAUAUCUUCUCCGCCCCCAAUACCGGGUCUUGACUCAUAUCCCAACCUGACAUUACGUGCACUCCUCAUUGAUUAUCUGGAUAUUCGAGGGAUCCCCCGCCGGUCAUUCUUUGCCGCAAUUUCACACUACACGGAGGAUGACAGGCACAAGGAACGGUUACAAGAAUUCACCAAUCCCGAUUAUCUCGACGAACUAUGGGACUAUACGACACGGCCACGACGCAGUAUUCUUGAGGUGUUGCACGAGUUCCACUCGGUUAAGAUCCCCUGGCAGCACGCGCUGUCGGUUCUUCCGAUCAUGCGAGCCCGACAGUUUAGCAUCGCCAGCGGCGGGAAGCGCAAGCAGGCCGCAGAUGGCACGACACAGUUCGAGCUGCUGAUCGCUAUCGUUAAAUACCAGACCGUCAUCAAACGCAUCCGAGAAGGCGUCUGCACCAAGUAUCUCUCGAUGCUCCAACCGGGAAGUACCCUCCGCGUCCAGCUACAAUCCGGAGGCAUCAAUUCCUCGGUACAGCAGCUCACCGCCGCCACCGUGCUUAUCGGCCCCGGCACAGGUAUUGCGCCUCUCCGCUCCAUGCUGUGGGAAAAGGCAGCACUCGUCCAGCAAUUCCGCGAACAAAACCCUGGCGUGGAACCACCCAUUGGUCCCACCGUUCUCUUGUACGGCGGGCGCAACCGAGCCUCUGAUUUCUUUUUCGAGGAAGAAUGGAGCUACUUGAGCAAGAUCAUUCCACUGCAGGUGCUGACAGCGUUCUCGCGAGACCAGCAGCAUAAGGUCUAUGUGCAGAACACUAUCCGACAGAACUUUGCGCUCUUUUCCCGUCUUUUGCAUGAUAUGCAGGGCUCUGUUUAUAUUUGCGGAUCCUCUGGGCGGAUGCCUCAAGCUGUGCGAGAGGCGCUUAUUGAGACCUUCCAACAUGGUGGGACGCCGGCACCGGGCGGUCCGUUCAGUCGGGCACAAGCAGAGGAAUACUUGAUUAGUAUGGAGAAGAGUGGACGUUAUAAACAAGAGACGUGGUGA